AUGGUUUACGACACCCAAAAUGAAGACCCCGAACGGGGCGAAUACCGCAGCCUCUACAGUGAUCAAGGUACUGCUCCCUCCCUUAUCCAUAAAAACCCCAAGACUAACCCCACAAAAGACGAAGAUGGCGACGAACAAAUCAAGACCCCUUCCACAACCCCCCUUCACACCCAACCAAGAACCCCCACUGCCAACGCCAAGUCCGAGCCCAAGCCCAACAACUCUCGCCGCCGCCCCUGGGCCCAAUUCCCACAAAACCUCCGCCCCUCCGCCACCAACGAAGUGAAGACAAUCGCAAAAGCCGUCUUCGGCGCGCUGGGCUUCAUAAUAUGCAUUCUGGUAUGCACAUUCUCCAUCAUCACGCUGAUCUACUGCUGCACGGAAUUCGUGAAUGGGAUCCGGCAUGUCGGUGAUCCUAGUCCCUAUGAUCGGUUUAGUCAUUACAAGGGGUAUGUAACCGUGGAUGAUGAUAUUGAUGAUCCGUAUCCGUAUCCUUCUUCCGUACCGCUCGACAACGAUAAUGGUGAUAUGGAUACGGUGCCCGAAGCUACGACAACAGAGUCGGGUAUCGAGGUUGCUUGUAUCGGGGAGGCGGGUGCUUGUGGGGGUAGUCUUUCAGAAUUGAUGCGGAUUCCUAAAGCGACGAGGGUGGCUAUUAUUACGGAUGGGAAGUGGUGGAGUGAUAUUGAGGGCGAGGAUGUAGAUGCUGAUUUUGAUGCUGAUGUUGAUGUUGAUUUUGACCGGGUGGACGACAUUCAGGGGCUCUCUAGCGAUUAUUUGAGGGAUGAAGAGGACUGUGAAAAUUAUUAUACGCGGGAGAAGAUGGAGGAGCAGGAGUAUGGUUCGGUGUUUGAUCGGUUGUGGAAUGGAUUGUUUGGGGUGUAG